AUGAGUGGGUAUAGGUUCUACCAGAGAGCCUCAAGGGCUUUUCAUGACUACCCUUCACUGUCUAAACUUGGUGUUCUCGUCGCUGUCAGUGGUGGUGGGGGUCUAGUGGUUCUUUCUGACGCCGGACCAUUCCAUAGUGCAUAUGCUGAUGCAGGUCAAGCUGAUAUGAAGAAAAAGAAAGUGGUUGUACUUGGAACUGGUUGGGCUGGUACAAGCUUCCUGAAGAACUUAAAAGAUCCCUCGUAUGAUGUUGAGGUGGUGUCACCGCGUAACUACUUUGCAUUUACUCCAUUGCUGCCCAAUGUUACGUGUGGCACUGUUGAAGCACGCAGCAUUGUUGAACCAAUUCGCAAUAUUGUGAAGAAGAAAAAAUUUGAUACACAUUUCAGGGAAGCUGAAUGCUUCAAGAUUGAUACAGAGAAGAAGAAAGUCUAUUGUAGAUCUAGCCAGGAAACUAAUUUGGGUGGGAGAGAAGAAUUCACAGUAGAUUACGAUUACUUGGUGAUUGCCAUGGGAGCUCGCUCAAAUACAUUCAACACACCUGGUGUUGUGGAGAAUGCCCACUUUUUGAAGGAAGUAGAAGAUGCUCAGAGGAUCCGUAGGACUGUAAUCGACUGCUUUGAGAGGGCAAGCCUUCCUAGCGUAAGUGAAGAGGAGAGGAAGAAAAUUCUGCAUUUUGUAGUAGUUGGAGGUGGUCCAACUGGUGUGGAGUUUGCAGCAGAGCUUCAUGAUUUUGUAACUGAAGACUUGGCAAACUUAUACCCCACUCUAAAAAACCUUGUGAAAAUUACACUUCUUGAGGCAGGUGGUCAUAUACUGAACAUGUUUGACAAAAGAAUUACUGCCUUUGCUGAAGAGAAAUUCCAAAGGGAUGGAAUUGAUUUGAAAACUGGAUCAAUGGUUGUAAAAGUAACUGACAAAGAUAUAUCUACAAAAGAGAGAAGCACUGGCCAAACCCAGUCUAUACCAUAUGGAAUGGUUGUAUGGUCAACUGGUAUAGGUACUCGCCCAGUUAUUAUGGAUUUUAUGAAGCAAAUUGGACAGACUAAUAGGCGAGUCUUAGCAACUGAUGAAUGGCUGCGGGUAGAAGGAUGUGACAGUAUAUAUGCUCUAGGCGAUUGUGCCACCAUAAAUCAACGUAAAGUCAUGGAAGAUAUUGCAGCAAUAUUUAGUAAGGCUGACAAAAAUAAGUCUGGGACCCUAAAAGUUGAGGAUUUUAAAGAAGUCAUUACUGAUAUCUGUGAAAGAUAUCCUCAAGUGAACAUCUAUUUAAAGAGGAAGCAGUUAAAAGAUUUUGUUGAGUUACUGAGAAGUUCUCAAGGAGUUGCUGAAUUGGAUAUUGAAAAGUUCAAAUCAGCACUUUCUGAGGUGGAUACGCAGAUGAAAAAUCUUCCUGCGACAGCACAGGUAGCUGCUCAACAAGGUACUUACCUUGCUGACUGUUUCAAUCGUAUGGAGGAGUGUGAAAAGCAUCCUGAAGGUCCAUUAAGGUUCCGUGGAACAGGACGCCAUCGUUUCCACCCCUUCAGGUAUAAGCAUUUGGGCCAAUUUGCUCCACUGGGUGGAGAACAAGCUGCAGCUCAACUGCCUGGGGAUUGGGUUUCAAUUGGUCAUAGCAGCCAGUGGCUCUGGUACUCGGUGUAUGCAAGCAAGCAAGUCAGCUGGCGCACAAGGAUGCUGGUGGUAUCUGACUGGGGAAGACGGUUCAUUUUUGGAAGGGACUCGAGUAGACUCUGA